UGGGGUUUGGAACUGAGAGGGUCAGGGGGAGGAGAGGCAAGGGAGUGGAGCGAGAAGACGACAGGAGGAGAUCCAGCACGGGCUGGCCAGUUGAACCGGAUCGUCCACGUACAGCCGGGCUACAAAUGAGCCUCCACUCGGGUUGCUCCCGCCGACAACCACUCCAGAUCGGAUUGUCCCGCUGCGGUCCUGCCGGGGAGCAGAAACAAGAAGAUGAUCACGACCCAACAGAAGCCGUGGAGAUAGGCCUGGCACUGGAGACCGGUCUCCUCAUUAACCUUGAUCUCUGAACAUUGGCUCUGGCACAAACAUCUGGAGCUUUGUGAGGCAACUGCUGUGCCUUCAGACCCCAUCCAGUCACUCCCGGCUUGCGGUGUGGCCUUUACAAACCUCACGUCCUCACGUCUUCAAAAUUUUGUCCACAGGGAUAAAUGAGUGAACUGGCUGCAAGGGAAAGGGCUGGGACAUGUACCAGAACCCCAACAGAAUGUCCUGGUUCAGUGGUUUCCUAGUUGCCAGAGUGGAUGACCGCAAGACUGCGUGGGGGGAGCGCAAUGGCAAGAAAUCCAAGCGGAAGGGAGGCUCAUCUCUCUGCAACCCACGUUACAUGAGCUGUCUGCGGGACCCAGAUGCUAUGGAGCCCUCCUCCGGAGCCCCCCUCCAUCAGCACCACCGCGGAGGGGUGGCAGGGGCCAUGGGAGGCGGGGGCAAUUUUGGCGUUCGUUGUGGAUGGCAGGAGGAUCACUAUGGGAAAAGGGGAGGGGCUCCCGGGGAAGGGGUGGGGCUGAAAUCCGUCAACUUGGGCUUUGAGGACGGGGAGCUGAAAGGGAGAAAAGGGGGAUGUAAUGGAGGAAGUGGGGACAUGGGCGAUGAGGGUCCCAGUGGCGCAUCAGGGGUGGUGACAGCUGCAGACUGCUGGCUCAGGGUGGUGCGGGUGUUCCAGUCGAAAAAAUUCCAGUCCCGCAAACUGGAGCGCUUGUACCAGCGUUACUUCUUUAGACUGAACCAGAGCUCCUUGACCAUGCUCAUGGGGGUACUUGUGAUCGUGUGCGGCAUCAUGCUGACCUUUCACUGUGUCCACGCUGCCCCUCACGUGGCCUAUGCGUCAGCACUGUCAGUGGCGAUGGCACUCUUCAUGUCUCUUAUGGUAGUGUGCAACCGCAACGGCUUUCACCAGGACUACAUGUGGAUGGUCAGUUACCUGGUUAUCGGCAUCUUGGUGCUGGUACAGGUGUUCGGGGUGCUCAUGGUGGCACCCAGGAGCGCUUCAGAAGGCAUCUGGUGGUCCGUGUUCUUCAUCUACAUCAUCUACACUCUGUUGCCUGUAAGGAUGAGAGCAGCGGUGCUGAGUGGCGCCACGCUGUCCAUCAUACACGUGGUCACCACCUGGCAGAUCAACCAGGAAGACAGGUUCCUCUGGAAACAGGUGAGUGCUAAUGUCCUAAUCUUCCUCUGCACCAACAUCAUUGGAAUCUGUACCCACUACCCUGCUGAGGUUUCCCAGAGACAAGCCUUUCAGGAGACUAGAGGAUACAUCCAGGCCAGACUACAUCUGCAGAGGGAGAAUCAGCAACAAGAACGUUUAUUGCUGUCAGUAUUGCCAAGGCAUGUCGCCAUGGAGAUGAAGGCUGACAUCAGUGCCAAGAAGGAAGAUAUGAUGUUUCACAAGAUCUAUAUCCAGAAACAUGACAAUGUCAGUAUUCUGUUUGCAGACAUCGAGGGUUUUACCAGUCUGGCCUCUCAGUGCACCGCUCAGGAGCUGGUCAUGACACUCAAUGAACUUUUUGCCCGAUUCGACAAACUGGCGUCGGAGAAUCACUGUCUACGUAUUAAGAUUUUGGGUGAUUGCUACUAUUGUGUGUCUGGGCUGCCUGAACCCCGUGCUGACCACGCCCACUGCUGUGUAGAGAUGGGUGUUGACAUGAUAGAGGCCAUCUCGCUGGUGCGAGAGGUGACAGGCGUCAAUGUUAACAUGCGUGUUGGCAUUCACAGCGGGCGUGUACACUGUGGCGUGCUGGGACUCAGGAAGUGGCAGUUUGAUGUGUGGUCAAACGAUGUCACACUGGCCAAUCACAUGGAGGCGGGCGGCAAAGCAGGGCGGAUCCACAUCACUAAGGCCACAUUGCAGUAUCUGAAUGGAGACUACGAGGUGGAGCCGGGAUUUGGAGGUGAGAGGAAUGCGUAUCUGAAGGAGAACAGCAUCGAGACCUUCCUGGUUCUCGGCUGCAGCCAGAAACGGAAGGAGGAGAAGGCGAUGAUGGCCAAGAUGCAGCGGACAAGAGCCAACUCUAAUGAGGCGCUGAUGCCAUGCUGGGUCCCCGACAGAACCUUCUCCAGGACCAAAGACUCUAAAGUCUUUAGGCAAAUGGGGAUUGAUGAGACCUCUAGUAAAGACAACCGUUGUGUUCAGGAGGCCAUGAACCCGGAGGAUGAGGUGGAUGAAUUUCUAGGCCGUGCCAUCGAUGCUCGUAGCAUUGACCAGCUAAGAAAAGACCAUGUUAAGAAGUUCCUACUCACCUUCCAGACCUCCAGCCUGGAGAAAAAGUAUUCCAAGAAGGUGGACGGUCGUUUUGGAGGCUAUGUGGCCUGUACUCUACUAGUAUUCUGCUUCAUAUCCUUCAUACAGAUUGUUAUCUUUCCUCACACCCCAGUCAUGCUGGGAAUCUACAUUAGUAUCUUCAUAAUACUUGCCAACAUCCUUUUCAUCUGUGCCAUAUACUCUUGCAUCAAGCUCUUUCCAGCGGCAAUGCAGACUGUUUCAAAGAAGAUUGUCCAGUCUCGCACCAACAGCACCCUGGUUGGAGUAUUUAGUAUUAUCCUUGUCUUCAUCUCUGCCUUUGUUAAUAUGUUUGCCUGUGACACUACGAGCUUGGCAUCAUGCGUUGCAGAGAAGCUGAACACCUCUGUAGCCCUGGUGACGCCCUGUUUGAUCCGCAGCUUGAAUGUGUCUGUUGAGGGGGGUCUAGAGAUCUGUCCUAGCCAAGGCCCCUCCUGCCCCUUUCCUGAGUAUUUCAGCUACAGUGUGCUGCUGACGCUGCUGGCCUGCUCGGUGUUCCUGCAGAUCAGUAGCAUAGGGAAGCUGGCUCUCAUGCUGCUCAUUCAGCUCACCUUCCUGCUGCUGGUGGAGUGGCCCCAAGUAGCACUCUUCAACAACGCUGACCUCUUUGUCACCUCCAAUGCCAUUGAUUUAAAUGAUACUAGUGCUCAGUGGUCCAGUUUCAAUGAAACUACAAACCAGUGCCCAUUUGUUGAGACCAAAGUGUCCCUGAGGGUCAUGACUCCUGUGAUUCUCACAGUUUUUGUCUUGGCAUUGUACCUGCACGCCCAGCAGGUUGAAUCUACUGCACGCCUUGACUUCCUGUGGAAAUUACAGGCCACAGAAGAGAAGGAGGAGAUGGAAGAACUGCAAGCCUACAACCGUCGCCUCCUCCAUAAUAUUCUGCCUAAAGAUGUAGCUGCUCACUUCUUGGCACGUGAGCGGCGUAAUGAUGAGCUCUACUACCAGUCUUGCGAGUGUGUGGCCGUCAUGUUUGCUUCCAUCAGCAACUUCUCAGAGUUCUACGUGGAGCUGGAGGCCAACAACGAGGGAGUGGAGUGUCUUCGGCUACUCAACGAGAUCAUCGCUGACUUUGAUGAGAUCAUCAGUGAAGAAAAGUACAGGCAGCUAGAGAAGAUCAAGACCAUUGGGUCCACCUACAUGGCGGCCUCUGGGCUCAAUGACUCCACCUACGACAAGGAGGGCCGUACUCAUAUUACUGCACUGGCUGAUUAUGCCAUGAGGCUGAGGGAGCAGAUGAAAUACAUCAAUGAGCAUUCCUUCAAUAACUUCCAGAUGAAGAUAGGUCUCAACAUCGGACCGGUGGUAGCAGGGGUUAUUGGUGCACGGAAGCCUCAAUAUGAUAUUUGGGGAAACACAGUCAAUGUGGCCAGCCGUAUGGACAGCACAGGUGUCCCUGACUGCAUACAGGUGACCACAGACCUGUACCAGGUGCUUGCAAGUAAAGGCUACAUGCUGGAGUGUCGUGGGGUUGUUAAGGUCAAAGGUAAAGGGGAAAUGACCACCUACUUUCUGAACAAUGGACCACCCAACAGUUAGCAGCCAUGGCAGCA